ACAAAGACUGCGCUCACGGUCAAAACUCAAGAUGGCCAUUUUGAAAUUAACGCUUCUUUUUGCUGUGAUUUUUGUCGCGCGAGGUGAAAAUGCAAAAGGUAGGAGAUGAAUUGAAGUAUUUCUUCCUCUUCAUUCAAAAAUUAUCGUAUCAUUUCAACGGUGAAGACUUGUAAAUCGAUGACAAUGAUUUGUAACGGGUAGACUAUUUAGCGCGAAAUAAAAUUUAGUGAUAUGCUGUGUUUACAAAUUGUACGACAUUUGUCGUGAUCGAAAAGUGUUUUCUUAUAAAACUAUCAGUUCAUUCCGUUGUUUAGAUCUUGUUAGAAUAAAUUUCAAAAAUUACCUGCAAAAUAUUUCUUAAGACUUCUGUUGUAUACCAAGUCGCCUAAGAUUAAAAAUAGAAUAAUAUUCAAUAAAUUUUCUCUUCCAAAUCUAUUACAGGCAGUGAGUUUUAUAAACGUUUUAUGACCAAGAGGGCGGCUCCUCCACCAGCUGGCGGGGCAAAAGGUAGGUGAUAAUGGGAAUGAUUAAUAAAUGAAGAAAGAAAUGAAGGAUGUAAGACCCAGUAUAGGCGAGCAAGUUUUCUUUGACAAGUUUUCUUUGACAAGUUUUCUUUGACAACUUUUCCUUGACAAGUUUACAUUCUCGUGUGUGCGGUCAGCAAGUUUUCUUUGACAAGUUUUCUUUGACAAGUUUCCCUUGACAAGUUUCCCUUGACAAGUUUACCAUCUCGUGUGUACGGUUACCCAAGUUUUCCUUGACAAGUUUACCUUCUCGUGUGUACGGUUACCCAAGUUUUCCUUGACAAGUUUACCUUCUCGUGUGUACGGUUACCCAAGUUUUCCUUGACAAGUUUAGCUUGACAAGUUUACCUUCUCGUGUGUACGGUUACCCAAGUUUUCCCUGACAAGUUUAGCUUGACAAGUUUACCUUCUCCUGUGUACGGUUACCCAAGUUUUCCUUGACAAGUUUAGCUUGACAAGUUUACCUUCUCGUGUGUACGGUUACCCAAGUUUUCCCUGACAAGUUUAGCUUGACAAGUUUACCUUCUCGUGUGUACGGUUACCCAAGUUUUCCUUGACAAGUUUCCCUUGACAAGUUUACCUUCUCGUGUGUACGGUUACCCAAGUUUUCCCUGACAAGUUUAGCUUGACAAGUUUACCUUCUCGUGUGUACGGUUACCCAAAUUUUCCUUGACAAGUUUAGCUUGGCCAGUUUCCCUUGACAAGUUUACUUUCUCGUGUGUACGGUCAACAAGUUUCCCUUGACAAGUUUAGUGGCUUGAGUGGACGAAAUGUUGUUAAACAUUUAUCUCACAUCAUGGCCAUGUCUUCUACAUGGACACAGAGUUCUAUAAACUGUCUUGUCCAAGCUGGCUAAUACAGCUGGCUCAUAAUAUUCACACUUGUAGCAGUAAAUACAUUGUGAUUCUUCAUUUCUUGUAGGCAAAGAAAGCUUCGUAUUUCAAUCACCACAUGGCUUGGCGCAUGGACAUGGUCAUGCUCACGGGUAUGGUGGCUACGGGGGUUAUGGGUUAGGGGGUUAUGGGUACGGCGGUUUGGGCCCCUGGGGACAUGGACAUGGUUUUGGAAACCUGGGACACAUCCAUCCAGUUCCCGUCACCGGGGUUAAAGCCCUAUCGGUAGCCUACGAUCCGGUAUCCGGGGUACCGUAUGUAUGCGACCCUAAAAAGAAGGCGGCCGCCGCAGGUGCUGCUAAACCCGCUCCAACUGGCAAGAGGAGUGAUAUCGAGAAAGAUGAAGAGAAGAAUAUUGAGAAAGAUGAAGAGAAGAAAGAUGAGAUUAAAGUCAAAAUCCCAGACUACCCACCCUGCCCUGACCCAAAGAAGAGUUUCCCAUGGAGUUGCAUAUGUAAGUAGACCGUUGCUCUUCUAUCCAUAUUAUUGACUAUUGAUUAUAUUGAUUGUAUAUUGAUUG